CCUCCCCCCACAGUCCUCCAAUUCGUCCGUCUGUCCAUUCCACUCCCCUCACAAUGUCCUCGACUUCCAUCUUCCGUGUCGCGACCCGCGCCGUUCGCCCUUCCAGCUUCUUCAGAGCUUCCCAAUUGCCCCGGUCUCGGUUGCAGACCCCGGUUGCUCUGCGUGUCAACCGCGCCAACUUCGGUACCACCCCCAUGCGCUUCUCUGGUCACCACGAGGAUGAGACAUAUGAGGAAUUCUCUGCCAGAUUCGAGAAGGAAUUCGACGGUGUCCAGGAUGUUUUCGAGCUCCAGCGUAACCUCAACAACUGCUUCGCCUACGACCUUGUCCCCUCCGUUGAGGUCCUCUCCGCUGCCCUGAAGGCUGCCCGUCGUGUCAACGACUACCCUACCGCCGUCCGUGUCUUUGAAGGUAUCAAGGCCAAGGUUGAGACCCAGGAGCAGUACAAGCAAUACCUCGAGAGCCUCGAGGGUCUGCGCCAGGAGCUUGGUGUCGCUCUCCGGGAAGAGCUCUACCCCAACGAGGAAUAAACGUGCUCACCCAGUCCUACCGUCGCCCGGAAAUAAACCCGCCUUUUCGAUAGUCAAAUAACAUAGGAAAAGCUGUAUACAUACUUCUAGAAAUGCAGUUGGAAGAGGUUCCCGGUAUAAUCGUUUGAUGUUUGAUUAUCCAUCUUCGACCGGACCGGAGCCGAAGCCGAAGCCAUCAAAGGGGGAAAAACGAAUGGAGGUGCACGCUUGCCUUUUUCUAUACCAGUGCUAUUAUAAAUCUGAUCAGCAUUUACCUGUAC